AUGCGGAGGGCAAGAGGGGGAGGCGCGGAGGAGGAGCGCGCGGAGUGGGCCGGGCAGGUUUUCGUUUUGCGGGACGUGUUUGUGAACCAUUUCGGGCAGGUGUUUAACAAGACGCACCUGUUCGACACGGGCGGCUGCAACUGGAAAGCCAAGUUCGCCUACCCCAAAGAUGCUCCGGUCGUAUCCCAUCAGACAGUCGUGAAUCUGAUGGUGGCGCGGAGCGAUCAACGCUCGUACCACCAGGUCAUUGAGAGGCUGCCGCUGCUGCACGUCCUGCGCAAGAUGACAAAGAACCCCGCCCUCAAGGACGCGCACGUGGCCCUGCCGUCCUCCAGGGGGCUGCGUCGAAUGCUCACCAGCAUUUUAGACUUCGACAUGCCAUGGACGCCUUUCCCUUUCCACACGCCCAACACUCUCCUGUUCGCCGAGUCACUCAUCCAGCCUCUCUCAGAGCACUGUGACGAGCCUCAGCACUCGGUUUGGCGAGACAUCCGAACCUCGCUCUUCAACCCGGACCACCCGUACCACCCCCGAGCCUCCUCCAUCACCCCCCGAGCCUCCCUCUCCCUCCCCUCCGUCAUCCAAUCCCACCACCUAUUCCUCCAAGCCUCCUCCCAAGCCAUCCACGACGCGAAAGCUGCCCAGAAUCCGGGCAGCAAGGAAAAACUUUCCGUGAGCUACCCGACGCCAUUUUUGGCCGGCGUGCUGCCCAUGCUUGACGUGGAUUUGGAGGAGGAUGAGGUGGCAUGGGCGGCACUACCCAGUGAUUGGAUGGUGGUUGUGGGCUUGCAAGGGCUGCAUAAUCGGGCCGAUGCGGAGGCGAUACGGAAUGUUGUGCUUCAGCAUUUCCCCGCCCACCGCGUUGCUAGCUACUGCCCGAGCAUGUCUGUAGAAGAAUUGCGAAACCUCUUCUCGCGUACAGCCCUUUUCAUUACAGUCACUGACAGCACCCUAAUGCACACCAUCUUCAUGCGGCCGGCAACUUUUGUCCUGGAGCUGCGCCAUCCUUCCGCCCUCCGCUUCCCCUCCUACUCCCUCUCCUCCGUUUUGAGACUCCAGCAUUACACCUCCGUUUGCAGCACUAGCCCCUCUUUUGGAGGGGAAGAACCGGAUGUAGAUCCCUGCAAUGGCAGCCGUGUCUGGAGGAGGGGCUGA